CAUGCUUUUAGAUUUGGAUCUCGUAACUGGUCCCUGAGCCAUUCUAGCAAGGAGAGAGAAUCCAUAGGGGGUAAUAUCACCAGGUGUAGGCCAGCUAUAGCCAAUAACUACAAUGGAGGGUCAGGAGAGACAAGGACAGUUGUUGCCAUAAGCCAAUAGCUGUAUAUACCUUACGCUAUCCCUAGUCUUUUUCCAAUCAGACUAGCUCACGCCUCGAACCUCGUCUAGC